AUGUCUUCCACUAUCCUCUCUACCACGGGUAGCAGUACCAGCACCGCAAGUGCAUCUGCAACUUGCACCAGUGCUAUUCCCGGCAAAUACGGCCAUGUCGACCCUUCGGCCUGUAAUGCCAUCUACUCAUAUUCACCAUCUUUCGCUGCCGCGAUUCUCUUCUCGGGGUUACUCUUAGCAGCGGUUAUAAUGCACAUAUUCCAAGCCGCAAAAUUCAAAAAGGUGAGCGAGCGUUCUUUGAAUAUCCUUUUUACACUUGUGUUGGAUUCUAAUUGUGAGCGCCAGAACUUCUGUUGGGUCAUCAUCAUGGGAACGAUUUGGGAAAUGGCCUCGUUUGUUCUUCGAGCUAUAUCUACACGGAAACAGCAAGACCAGAACUUUUACACGUAUUCUUUCCUACUCGUCACUCUAGCUCCUAUUUUGGUCAAUGCCUUUGAUUACAUGCUCCUGGGCCGUAUGGUGCACUGCUUUCUCCCAUCGCAGAAAGUCUUCCACGUCCCCGCGCGGCGCUUCUCAGUAUACUUCGUCUGGUUCGACGUGCUAUCCUUUCUAGUCCAGCUCGUGGGAGCUCUAGUCCUCUCAAACACAGACGCGACGGCCAAGACAAUCCAGCUAGGAAUCCACAUCUACAUGGGCGGCAUGGGUCUGCAGCUCUUCUUCAUCAUGAUCUUCACGUCUCUAGCUAUUGCGUUCCACCGCGAGAUGAGGCAGAUGGAUAAGAGCGGCGUGGUUCUGAGACAGGGGUGGACGAAAAUGGUAUAUGCGCUCUACGCCUCGCUUGCGUUGAUAGCUGUCCGAAUCAUCUACCGGCUCGCCGAAUACGGCCCAGGCGUCUCCCUCAGCAACCCGCUCCCUACGCACGAAGCAUUCUUCUACUGCCUCGACGCGCUCCCCAUUUUCCUCGCCAUCGCCAUCAUGAACGUAAUCCACCCCGGCCACGUGCUCGUAGGCCCGGACUCCGGUUUCCCGAAGUUGUCGCGCGCGCAGAAGAAAGCAGUCAAGGCGGAGAAGAAGGCAGCGAAGAAGGCGAAGAAGGCGGGGGCUAAGCUUUUGGGAAGUGAUUAUGGCCAGGAGAUAGAUCUCGAGGAUGGCCUACAUCAUGCGCAUGCUGAGCCGCAGGGGACGGGACCGUAUGCACCGGUUGAGCAGUAUCAUCAGGGGUAUCAACCUUAUGGUGCGCGUGUAGCGCGGACGGACUAUUAG